CCUGUGUCCUGCACCUCUGAAUACCCGAACAUGGCAUCAGUCCACGUAUCAGCCCUGUGCCUGCUGGCCCUGGUGGUCUUGGCCCAGGGGAAUUCAUUGGAGAGCUCCUUCGUGGUUAAGGCUGGGACAAGAUUCACACCCCGCUCCUACGCCUCCAUGCUCACCGUGCCCAACGGGGAGCAGUUCGGCCUGUGGACGUGGCCCGAGAUGUGUCCCCAAAACUUCUUCGCCGUGGGCUUCAGCCUGAGGGUUGAGCCGAAUCAGUACGGCGGGGACGACACGGCUCUGAAUGGAAUCCGUCUGUUCUGUAGUCAGAAUGGAGACCGAAGCUACCUCUACACGGUGGAGUCCAACACUGGACAUUUCGGCGAAUGGACGGACACUCACUGGUGUCCCAACGGUGUUCUGACCUCCUUCCAGCUGCGAGUGGAGCCACACCAGGGCCUGUUUGGUGACGACACGGCCGCCAACAACAUCAAGUUCCGCUGCAGCAGCAACCCGACGCUGGAAGGCCGGGGCACGAGCUGGGGUGAGUACGGCCACUGGAGCGCAGAGUGCACCAACGGGGGCAUCUGCGGCAUCGAGACCAAAAUGGAGUCGUACCAGGGGGGUCUGGAUGACUCGUCACUGAACGAUGUGCGCUUCCACUGCUGCAGUAGCCCACAGUGAACGCUGGACGGGUCAGCGGUUAAAAAGAGGGGAUCAGCCUGCAGAGGCCUGGCGGAAUUUCAUCACAGCAGCACCAUCGAACAGCAAACAUAACACACUGAGAGCUAAAUAAACACUCAGAAUGUCACCCUCA